UGCUUGAAAUGCCAUGUGUCGGACAGUGAUGUGGUUGAAGGUACGCGUGGAUCACUGUAACUGUUAAUAUAUAUGAACUGAAUUUUGUCCGGUUUCCUGGUGCCACCCGUGUUCAGCGUUCAUCUACCUCCAAGUAUACUGCCCAGUCAUCAAACAGCCAUUGGAUAAACAACGAAGGCAAAACGGAUAGCGAAUCUACGCCAGCUUAGAUGGCGGUAAACGAAGAAUUAGACUCCUUUUUGACGAGAGUGGACCAAGUCUCGUCGUUGAUCGAGGCGCUCCGCUCGCCGGACCCGGAGAAGGUGCAACGGGCGACCGAGCGAGCCGACCUGCUGGUGCGCGGCCGGCUGGCUGAGGGCGCCGUUGACGAGCACGUCGAGUGCACGGUGGCGGCUGAGAAUCGGUGCUCUGUCAACCCCCGGCCGGCGCUGCCGCCCGAGGCCGCUCAGCAGGAGGAUUUCAAGCGGCAGCUGGAGGCGGAUGCGGCGGAAAGGGCAGAGAACAGGAGGCAGGCGAAGGCAGAGUCCGCGGUGUGGAAGGAGAAGGCCAUCCAGGCGUUCCGCGAAGGGAAAUACGAAGAGGCUCUGGAUGAGUACACCAAGGCGCUGGCGCUGCUCAAGGACAGCUGCCUGCUCUACACAUCCCGGGCCCAGACGUACCUGAAGCUGAACCGGGCGUCGGAGGCCCUGCAGGACCUGGACUGGGCGCUGCGGCUGGACGAGACAAGCCUGCGCGCAUGGAUCCACAAGGGCAAGGCCCAUCAGCAGCUGGGUCAGCUCCAGCUGGCCGUGCAGAGCUUCGAGAAGGCCAUCAAGCUGCACCCGGACAACGCGGACGUGGUGAGAGUCUACAUCCGGGAUAUCGAGCGGGCCAGAGAGAGGAACGCCAAGCCGGCAGACGAGAUGCACUACUGAGCUCGGGGAGGAGCCGGGCCGCAGCACAGAGAGCGUCGCGGGAGUCGAGUCACGGCAAUGCGGGAGUCCGCCGUUCGAGUCACCCCCGCCUGUGGAGUCAAGAUAGUAAGAGCACCGUAUCAUGUGUUGUCGGAAAGAAGAUCACUGGGAUCGUUGCAAAGGUACGCGAUGCGCGGCGAAACGAGAGUCGCUAUAACCAUACGAGUGGGGGUCAAAGCACUGAUGAUUGAGUCAAGAACAAUGUGGUUCGCGAUGACUGGGACAUUGCGAAUAGGUAAGUGUUUGACCAUCAAUUCAGAAGACUCAGAAGACUUGAUUCAGAGUCCUCUAAAUGAUUGGGAGCUAAUUUCGUUUUAUUUCUGGAUUUCAGAUGCAUUGAUACCGGCGUAUGGUUCUUGAUAAUAUGUGACCGUGGUUUGUUUACUGUGAACAGUGCAUAGAUUCGCAGCGGACGAAUAAA